UAGAAAAAUGUUUUCUACUAUAUCAUCAAUGAAGUGUCAUAUGUACUUACACACAGGCGAGCGUCCCUUUAGAUGUUUGACUUGUGAUAAAACAUUUAAUCAGCUAUGUAAAGUGAAGUGUCAUUUGUUGACACAUUCUGGGAAGUGUCCUUAUAAGUGCACUAUAUAUGGAAAAUCCCUCAAAACCAAGAAUGAAAUGAAGGUUCAUACAUUAGUUCACACGGGAGAGCGUCCUCAUAAGUGCACUAUAUGUGGAAAAUACUUCCAAACCAAGAAUGAAAUGAUGGUUCAUACAUUGCAUCACACGGGAGAGCGACCUUAUAAGUGCACUAUAUGUGGAAAAUCCUUCAAAACCAGCAGCCACAUGAAGAAUCAUACAUUAGUUCACACAGGAGAGCGUCCUUAUAAGUGCAUUAUAUGUGGAAAAUCCUUCCAAACCAUUGGCUGUACAAAGAAACAUACAUUAGUUCACACAGGAGAGCGACCUUAUAAGUGCACUAUAUGUUUAAAAUCCUUCAAAACCAAGAAUGAAAUGACGGUUCAUACAUUGGUUCACACGGGAGAGCGUCCUCAUAAGUGCAAUAUAUGUGGCAAAUCCUUCCAAACCAGCAGCGAUAUGAAGAAACAUACAUUGGUUCACACUGGAGAGCGACCUUAUAAAUGCACUAUAUGUGGAAAAUCCUUCCAAACCAGCAGCUGUAUGAAAAAACAUACAUUAGUUCACACUGGAGAGCGACCUUAUAAGUGCAGUACAUGUGGAAAAUCCUUCCAAACCAGCAGCUGUAUGAAAAAACAUACAUUAGUUCACACUGGAGAGCGACCUUAUAAGUGCAGUACAUGUGGAAAAUCCUUCCAAACCAGCAGCUAUUUGAAGAUUCAUACAUUAGUUCACACUGGAGAGAGACCUUAUAAGUGCAGUACAUGUGGAAAAUCCUUCCAAACCAGCAGCUGUAUGAAGAAACAUACAUUAGUUCACACUGGAGAGCGACCUUAUAAGUGCAGUACAUGUGGAAAAUCCUUCCAAACCAGCAGCUGUUUGAAGAUUCAUACAUUAGUUCACACUGGAGAGAGACCUUAUAAGUGCAGUACAUGUGGAAAAUCCUUCCAAACCAGCAACUGUUUGAAGAUUCAUACAUUGAAUCACACGGGAGAGCGACCUCAUAAGUGCAUUACAUGUGGAAAAUCCUUCAAAACCAGCAGCCAAAUGAAGAAACAUACAUUAGUUCACACUGGAGAACGACCUUAUAAGUGCAGUACAUGUGGAAAAUCCUUCCAAAAAAGCAUCUAUAUGAAGAUUCAUACAUUGGAUCACACGGGAGAGCGACCUCAUAAGUGCAUUACAUGUGGAAAAUCCUUCAAAACCAGCAGCAGUAUGAAGAAACAUACAUUAGUUCACACUGGAGAGCGACCUUAUAAGUGCAUUACAUGUGGAAAAUCCUUCCAAACCAGAACCCGCAUGAAGAUUCAUACAUUAGUUCACACGGCAGAGCGACCUCAUUAGUGCAUACUGUGGAAAAUCCUUCAAAACCAGAACCCACAUGAAGACUCAUACAUUAGUUCACACUGGAGAGCGACCUCAUUAGUGCAUACAUGUGGAAAAUCCUUCACAAACAGCAGCCACAUAAGGAUUCAUACAUUGGUUCACACUGGAGAGCGACCUCAUAAGUGAAUUCAUUUCGGUCUCAUAUGUGAUUAUCCAUCGGUGAAUCAUAUUCAUGGAUCCAUCUCAUAAAUGGCAAACUGAAACUGGUCUACGAUUUAGAAAGUGGUGAAGGAAGUCGUAAAGGCGAGCAGUAUGUAGUGUGGAAAUCAUGUGUAUCAGUUAGAUAUUUGUAUUUAAAAUACUAUAAUGCUAUGGAAAGGGAGGGAAACAGGUCCACGACGUAGGAAAUGGUGAAGGAAGUAGUAAAGGCUAGACCUUAUAAGUGUAAGCUAAUAUGCGUGGAAAAUAUUUCCACUACAACAGCCAUAUGAAGAUUCAUACAAUGGUUCACAUGGGAGAGCGACCUCAUAAGUGCACUAUAUGUGGAAAAUCCUUCAAAACCAAGAAUGAAAUGAAGGUUCGUUCAUUGGUUCACAUGGGAGUGCGACCUCAUACGUUUAUUAAUAAUAACUUCUUGAUUAUUAAUAAUGUGUGAAAAGUUUGGCAAGCCAAGUCACUCAGAUUAUUGCGAUUCAAACCUGACCUGUCAAAAAUCCAAAUAAGGAGCCAUUAUCUACAGCUUAGUAACACAAAGCAAAAAUACUACCAAAAUUCCAAAAACUACAAUACAAUGCUACAUAUGAUGCAGUUUUUGAUCAGCUUGCCAAAGACUAUAGACGGAAAGAGCUAACAAAUCUGAUAAGUUCCCCUUUAGGAUGUACGCGGGACCGCAUCUCACCGCACCACUUCAUCAACAAUCGGUUUAAAUCCAAACAGGAAACAGGGGCAUAAAUUACAAUUGUUAUCUACAAUGAAAAUGCUUCUGAGAAAUUAUAUAAUGAGUUACUGUAUACAGACUUCGUGAAACACUUUAGGAAACUUAUAGUGUCACUUCAAUCAGCACGACAAAAUGAAGAUUCUGGAGGCUAAACAGGCCUACCUAGUGGAAACGGACGUCCCCUGUUGGCUGAUAAAGGACAUUUACUGUCAAUGGAAGAAUAUCCUUCUCUGCCGUCCUGUAACAACAAUCCAAGUUCUGUCGUUGAUAAUUCAAACACGAUGACAGCCAAGCAAGAUACUUUAGCUGUGACUUCACCCUGCAAAUCCAACACCCCCUCGUCUCAACCCGCAGAGGCAGCCGAUACUUCAUCAUCAACAGCCCCUCAACAACCUCCUGUGUCACUGUGUACCGAAAGUGUUAAUGAAAGUGAAACCAGUGCUAGUGUUUUAGAAAAUGUAAAUUCUAAUUUUUUAGGAGAUACUCUAAUAGGGUUUAAAUUCUAAUUUUUUAGGAGAUACUCUAAUAGGGUAUCCUCCACUGCAUUAGACCCUCUCACAAAUAAUCCCAGAUGAAGCUCCAAUCAAUUUAAUUUAAAUUUAAUUCAUGUAAAUGUGCAAUCUUUAAGGAAUAAGUUAAGUGAAUUGGCUUUAUUAUUAGAGGAAUCACAUUGCAGCAUUGCAUUAUUGAAUGAACAUUUGCUUCUUAGAGAUGAAAUUAGACUGUAUAUUCCCCAAGGUUAUGCUCUCGCAUAUUCCUUUUGCAGAGAGGAUGAUCCCCAUGGAGGCUCUUCAAUCAUUUUAAGUACAAAUAUUUCAUAUGAUAGGAUAGAUAUUUCACACCUUGUACACACAGGCUCAUUACAUUAAUGAUUUCAAUGUAACUUUGAUAUCUCUGUACAGAACACCCGAUUCUGAUUGUAAUUUAUU